UAUUAUAUCUCUAUUAGGCUAUACCAACCUUUAACAAUAAAAAAAUACUUCGUAAACUACUUAAUUUCGUAAACCCUUUAGUGUGUGUGAAUAUCUCUCCCCUCAGAAUCGGUUCAGCCCAUCCAAAAAAAUAAUUUUUGGCUAUCUCUAAAACGAAAAAAAGGAUCCAUCUCCAGAUCCAUAACAAUCUACAACAACUACAUCUACAUCAAUUACAUCAUGUCAGUGCCUCUGGAAGUUCAUAAGAAUGUUAUACUCCUCCCACAAACCAAUCAAUUAAUCGGUUUAUAUUCCAUCAUUCGAGAUCAAUCCACCAAACGAGGUGAUUUUGUGUUUUAUUCAGAUCGUAUCAUUCGAUUAUUAGUAGAAGAAGGAUUAAAUCAAUUACCCGUCGAAGAAACGAUUAUAAAAUGUCAUGGAAGUCAUGAAUACAAAGGAGCCAAGUUCUUAGGAAAGAUCUGUGGAGUAUCUAUUGUUAGAGCUGGUGAAUCUAUGGAAAUGGGAUUAAGAGAUUGUUGUCGUUCAGUUAGAAUUGGGAAAAUUUUAAUUCAAAGAGAUGAAGAAACAGCAUUACCCAAAUUAUUUUAUGAAAAAUUACCUGAAGAUAUAAGUGAAAGAUAUGUAUUUUUAUUAGAUCCAAUGUUAGCUACAGGUGGUAGUGCCAUGAUGGCAGUUGAAGUUUUAUUAAGAAGAGGAGUUAAGAUGAAUCGGAUAUUCUUUUUAAAUCUUUUAGCUGCUCCCGAAGGAAUUGAACAUUUCCAAUCUAAAUAUCCUGAUAUUAAAAUCAUUACCGGUGGAAUUGAUGAAAAAUUAGAUGAACAUAAAUAUAUUGUUCCUGGUUUAGGUGAUUUUGGUGAUAGAUAUUAUUGUAUAUGAUGAAA